AGAAAGAAAGAUAGAACAGCAGGAGGAGAAGAGAAAGGCAGGUGUUCCACUUGGAGAGCAGUUGGGACUAUGACAGAUAUAAAUAUGUAGGAGCUUGUAUUCUUCUUCUGAAUUCUCCCAUAAACUUCACUUCUCAGAGUGCCACGUCUCUCACUCGCCUGUCUUGUCUCUGUGGUCCUUUUGCUUACUUCUCCUCCUCCGUGUGUGUUCGGUCUGCAGUUGCCAUGUAACAAUAUGUGGUAACCAAGCAACUAUGCAGGCGAAGUAACCAGCACAGUUCUGACAAAGGGGAGCACAGGGCAGGCAUUUUUUAACCUUGGUGCAGAAUAAUUUAAUGAAAGUACAGCUACACCCUAUGGCAGAAUAAAGAAGGAAUAUUUAUUGUGUAAUUAAAUUUUAGUGAGACUCCCACUCUGUGAGUUAAACAUGUACGGACGGGCUCCAAGAGUGACCUUCAUGACAGCAGGGGGUGCAUCGUCUGCUGUUGGUCCCGGAUCAUACAAUGUGAGCCAGUCCAGUUACAAGAUAUCAGAUGGCUAUGCACCAUUCCUUUCCUUGAGUGCCAGGCAAUCAAUAUUCUCCAAAGACAGUGAGAGUUUACUAGGACCUGGACACUAUGACUCCUCACCUGUCAAGUUAAAUGUCCAUGGUGGCAGCAGUCUUCAGAACCGCUCCAAGCGUUUUGAGGAUGUGGUGUCAGAGGUUCCAGGCCCUGGGGCCUACAAUGUGUCGCCUGCCUCAAAAAAGGCACACAGUGCUGUGACAGCUAAUGUAGGACACCCUGGAAGGCCUGGCAACAAAGUGGCUAAAGGUCUCCAGCUAGCUCUUCAGUCAGACAUUCCAUCCAUUCCCUCCCCGGGCCAGGCCUAUGGCUAUGAAGAGGAUGCCCGGGGUGUCCUCCGUAAGCAACAGCCCCCUCCUAAGGACACAACCCUGGGGCCAGCCUACUACAGUCCACUGCUGGAGAUGAGUUCUACACAGAAAUAUAAAGGGAUCCACUUUGGCAACAUGACAGGGAGGAGAUCUGAGGAGAAGGUGGAGGUGGGACCAGCUCCAGGACAAUAUGACCCCGAACUGGUCCCAGAAACACAGUACGAGAAUGUGAACCUUCAAAAGGAUCAGAGAGGCAGAGUUGAGCUUGUCAUCCCUCGCUACCAUGAACUUGUGCCCAUGCAGGCAGAAAAGAAGGGAGUUCCUGGUCCAGGCCAGUACCACAUCAGAAGUCAGUUUGAGAAACCUGUUGAGCGUGGUGGCCUGCCGAAAUUCUCUUGUACCUUCCUCUCAAAGACUGAGGUACAGUCCAGACAGAGGUUUGGCCCUGUAAAAGAAGUGUCGCCCCCUGUUGGUAAAUAUAAUGACCCGCGCUGUGCCCUGGAGCUGCUGAAGAGGACCUCAGGAAUAAAGAAAAGUCCAUUUGGUAUCACUGCACCUCGCUUCUCUUCUAACCACAGAAAAGGCACCACACCAGGUCCAGGUUCCUACAAUGUGUUUGAGCAUGGCUUAGCCCGGGAAAGUUUUAAAAAGGCUUUUUUUUCUCAAACCAAGAAGGGAGGAUUUGGCUCUUCUUCUCAACGCAGCUCCCUUUUCUACAAAAAGGAAUCUGUCGAGACCCCAAGUCCAGCACAGUAUGAGAAGGAAAAGAAGACAGAGGAGAGCUACAAACAGCAGCACACAGCAGCUUUUAAAUCGGUCACAGAGCGUCUGGCUUCACCACUGCUGGCUAAAGAUUCCCCUGCACCCAGCAGAUACAAUGUGAGUCAGACAUUUGAGAAGGUUAAUGGCCACUCUUACUUAGAACCCCGAAGUGAAGAUGCUAAGAAACGGCAAAGCUGCUUCCUGUCUGCUGCACCAAGAAAUGAUUUCUUCCUACACAGUAACUCCAGCGUGCCAGGCCCGGGCCAGUACAACCCAAGUGUAAAACCUGCUCCGAAGUUGGCACUGAUGUCCUCCAAAGAAGAUCGAUUCAAAGUCCCCAAGAACAUCAGCCCAGGACCUGACACUUAUUGGUUGAGUCCAAGUAUUAUGAACACACUACUGAAGGGCACCUUCAACGUGACGCUCAACAACCCUCUGAGUCCCUGCUGCUCCCCCCGUGUGGCUGAUGGGCCUUUAACAGCCCACAAGGCCAUUAAAGCGAGCACACCCAACACCUUUAUCGCCACCAGCAGUUCAUAGAGUUCUUUGUGGGUCAGAGUUUAAAGAUGAAAAGUUAGUGGGGGAAAAGGUCAGUCCUCAGGUCAUUACAUUUAAAUUCAUAUUCUGAGAAAAGUUGAUUUUUCAUGAAUAUUGAUGUUAUGUUCAUUCUGUUUGAAUAUAUAGCAGAUAACAAGUGAGUAAAGUUACAGUUUAAUAACUGAAAACAAGGUAAGUUUGUUCAUGUAAUAACAGAAAUGUGCAAUUACAAUAUGUAUUGUAAUUCAACAUCAGGCUUUAGGAGGUUUUUAGACUAAUUGUGAGAAUGACAGUAAUAUUUUUAUAUGUUGUAUGAGUGCAUUUCAUUAUGCAUUUGGCAUCGUUUUUACUCCCAGCCACUUUUUGAAAGCUUAUGUCUGCAAUCUGUCCAAGCUGUUUGUUUUACUGUGUGUGAUGUUUGUGUUUGAGUGUGUGUCUAAGCCCAAAAUGGGCUAUCAAAUAACAGAGAAGUUCCCUAGAGCUGUUGUUCUGGUAAUAGGUUUCAGUUUUUCAAGUGCUAGAAAUUGCCCUCAGAGUAAAUUACAGUUCAUUUAAGCUAAUUAUAACAGCCAGUAUCUUUUUAAACAUCAAAUUUACAGUGCAUAAUGCUGACUGAUUAACAUAUUUGUUUUUCCUUAAUGUUUUAGGCAGCACUUUGGAAGAAGAUGACUUUGCAUUAUUGUCAAAGAGUGAUACUGUAUACCUACUAAGAACAUUUCAUCUGAAGUUGGCUGUUGUGGAUUAUUUCCCCCUGUAUAAACAACUUUGUAUAUCAGUAACAUUGAUAAAGGCAUUCAUGUGAAUAAUGCUUCAAAUGAUUUGUUAACUUGUUAUUAUUCCAUAGGGCAUGUUGUUGUCUUAAGUCAAGCAUCAAAAGAUCCAAUCUGGCAUAAAUGACUCAAAUAUUAAAAAUGUUGUGAAGGUUUUGCUAUAGUACUUUUUUCUUGUUAGAGUUAAUAACAGUAAAGCUGGA